AUGGAGCAAUUGAUGGAACAGAGAAUACAAGCUCAGUUCAUUGCUUUCAUGCGAAAGACGCAGUUAAAUGCUCCUGCAGAUACCCCUACUUCUAGCGUCCCUAGUAUUGGUCCCUCUACAUUUCAGAAGUCUGGGAUCAUCAAUGAAAAAUGUGACAUCUAUAGCUUUGGGAUCAUUCUUCUUCAACUAAUCACAGGCCGUCCUACAAUAAGAAGAGAAAUUGGAAGUAUCUGUUAUAUUAUUGAUUGGGUUCGUUCUAAAGUUGAAUGUGGGGACAUUCAUGGCAUUGUUGAUCCAAGGUUGGAAGGUGAAUUCCAUGUUGCUUCUGCAUGGAAAAUUGUUGAGAUAGCAAUUUCACGCGUUAUAACAGAGACCAAACAAGGGCCAGUUUUCGUGUUACAAGAACUGAAUGAUUGUUGA